AUGACCCGGCUCUUCUCUCUGGCCGAGUGUGACGUGCUCAGCUUCGGCCUGGACCACACGCUGUGUCGCUACAACCUCCCCGAGACCGCCCGGCUUAUAUAUGAUAGUUUUGCCCGCUACCUGGUAACUGAGAAGGGUUAUGAUAAAGAAUUGCUGACUGUAACUCCAGAAAGCUGGGACUUUUGCUGUAAAGGAUUGGCAUUGGAUCUGGAAGAUGGAAACUUUUUAAAGCUGGCUGGAGCUGGAACAAUUUUGAGGGCAAGUCACGGUACGAAGAGUGUGACUCCUGAAGAGAUCUUGGAAGGUUAUGGCAGGAGGGAAUGGAAACACUUUAAAACAUUCAGUGGAAUGGUUUCCCGCUCAGCUAAAUAUUAUUGCUAUGAUAAUUAUUUUGACCUGCCAGGAGCUCUUCUUUGUGCAAGGAUUGUGGAUUGUUUAGACAAGCAUGUCAGACAGACAAAAUACAACUUUUGGAAGGAUGUGAUUGCUGCUAUACAGCAUAACUAUAAAACCUUAGCUUUUAAAGAAAACUGUGGGCCAUAUUUCCCAGAAGUGAAAAAUGAUCCAGUCAAAUAUUUACAAAGUUGCCCUGAGUCUGUAAAAAAGUGGCUGAGACAACUGAAAAAUGCUGGGAAGGUCCUGCUAUUAAUUACCAGCUCUCACAGAGACCAUUUCAGACUCCUGUGUGAACACGUCCUUGGUUAAGUGAAUGAUUUUGCAGAGCUUUUCGAUAUUGUGAUCACAAAUGCAUUGAAACCUGGUUUCUUCUCUCAGACACCAAACCAAAGACCUUUCCUAACCCUUGAGAAUGAUGAGGAGCAGGAGGCUCUGCCAUCUUUGGACAAGCCUGGCUGGUAUUCCCAUCUUUAUGAACUGCUGAAGAAGAUGACAGGCAAGCCAGAACGCAAGGUUGUUUAUUUUGGUGACAGCAUGCAUUCAGAUAUUUUCCCAGCCCAUCACUUUAGGAACUGGGAGACUGUCUUCAUCUUAGAGGAACUUAGAGGGGACGAAGUUAUGAUUCCUGUGGAGACUGAAUCUGAGCCCUUGGAGAAGAAAGAAAAAUAUGAGAUAAGGGGACAUCACCCAAAAGCUCCUUAUUCAGUAUCUAAACAGUGGGUCUUUGUGGACAGCAUCUCAGGAUUGGAAAGUGCUGAGGAAACCUUAACUAACACAUGGUCUUGCAAAUGUAUCAGUGCUUAUAGCACUACUGCAAUUCCAAGACUUGAAACAAUAGCCGAUUUACCACUGGAUUAUAGAUUUACCCGAUUUUCCUCAAAUAGCUUGGAAAUUGCUGUUUACUAUCCGAAACCUCCAAGGGCAUUACUAUCAAAUGCUGAGCCAGUGACUACAAAAUAG